UGAUCGGAGACUGGUGACUAGUCACACGAAAACGAGGCGAGAAAGGCCUAGCUUCAUAACUAUCAUGGCGUCUAGCACGAGUAAUACUACAAACUUUACUGAUAUUUUAACCGAAAACGAUAUUCCUGGGGCUUCCCUCGAGGGAAGAAAUAUAACUGAAUUAAAGAUUGCCGAUCUGAGAUUUUGGUUGAAGUGUCGAGGAGAUCCAGCAAAAGGUUUGAAAACAAAAGCGGAGCUUCUUAAGAGGGUCGAGGAAUAUAUCAAGAACGGUAAAGAUAAGGACAUUGUCGAUCCUGAUCCCAAUAGAUUAUAUUUAAGACGGAAACAACACCGCUUAAAGCAUGUUGUGAACGAAGACGAAGCUGAAAGACGCGUCCUUGUGAAAUUCCCUGAAAAUAAUUGGGGAACUUGUCUCCAAAAAAUGCCAAUGUUCACCCGAGCAGAGAUGAACAACCACGUUACCAGGUCAGGCAAGAACAUCGCAAACAAAAAAUGUAACAGUGUUCCCACUAGCUUCAGAAAAGCGAAAACUUUCUUGGAGGACGAAUACCUUCAUAGCAUCGAAACAAAUGAUAAUCAGCGAUGUUUUUAUGUGAAAUCWAAAUGCUGUCACAGUUUUAGAAAGAAUGAUCCUCCACAUGACCUAAAAGUGGCGCUCUGUAUCAUUACUGGUGAUGUCUUAAAGGCCUUGUGUUCGUGUGUAGCUGGUACAGUAGGAUACUGCAACCACAUACUCGCUCUGAUGUUAAAAUUAU